AUGAACCUACCUUGCUCGUCUCUAGUCACUGUCCGAGCCUCGUCUCGUAUGAUAAAUAGGAAAGCCGGCCAACAAGCCAAUCCCAAUCGAAGGGUUACUCCUUUUGUCCCUUCGAAAGCAAGAGCCACAGCAAUUGGAACCUUCUCUUAUCUUUCAUCGGAAGAGGCACAACAGAAUAUAAUCUCCUAUGGCAACCUUCUCUCUUCGGUCAGCUCCCCGAAGAAGAAAAAGAAAGUGAGUCAGCUGGUACUGGUUAGGAAGGAGAAGAAGCUAAACUCCCAGGGGGGAUGGAAGAGCUACUGUCUGGAGGGGGAAAUUACACUACUGCUACGAAAGCUGGCCAAGGAGCUGACUUCAAAUAAAAAGGCUUUAUCCCAAGAUUGUACCAUCGCUGGAAGGCACCAAUUCCCACGGGAUGGUUGA